AUGAGUAAAAUCAACAAUACUUUGGCUAAAUUUAUUUUAAAUGGUAACAUUAAGAUUAGACCAUCAAAAAAAAAUCAAAGUAGUAUAGCUAGUAGUAGUAAAUGUUAUUAUUAUCAGUUAAAUAAGAUGGAUGAAGAUGAAAGAAUGAAAGAACGUAUUAGGUUACGUGAGGAACGAAGAGCAAGAGAAGCUGAGGAGGAACGUCGACAAGAGGAAGAAAGAAAGAAAAAAGAAGAGGAGAGAAAUGCACGUAAAGAACAACGUGCUCGCGAGAGAAAGGAACGUGAAGACAAGCAAAAGAAAGAGUUGGACGAUUAUAUAAAGAAAGCAGAGGAUGAACGUCGUCUGCGUCGAGAGGAACGUGAGCGCAAGCGCCAGGAAGAAGAACAGCGUAUACAAGAAGAAGAGGACAAACGUCGCCGUGAGCGCGAAGAACGCGAGCGCAAGCGUCGCGAAGAAGACGAAGAGAAACGCCGCAAGCAAAAGGAGAUCGAAGAGGCAAAGCGUCGCAUUCAGAAGGAGUUGGAAGAGGAUUCCUCGAGUGGAUCCGACGUCGACUCGCACAUCGACAAUGUGCUCUCGAUCAAGAUGAAGCGAAUCAAUGCGAAGCAGAAUGUCGAAGCGAUAUUGCAGUCGGCCAACGCCGCCAACAACCAGGUGUCGACCAUCGUCAACCCGGCGACCAACAACACCGGCGAUCUCCUCAUCAACCUGUUGUUUACAGAUGAGCUCAAAGACGACAUUAUGGAUCUGAUACAGUCGGGAUUCAAACCGCUGGUCGACUUUCUCGCGCUGCCCGACACCAUCCACUCGAUGGUUCAGGUCGUGGUCGACGUGCAGAUUGGCGCGACCGUAUACAAUGCGCGACCCGAGCUGAUAGCCGGCACUGCAUCGCUCGAGGUAAAGAACUAUUUGGCGCGAAUCAGCGCGUCAUUCGAGAUAUUGAAGGGUGCAGUCUCGUCGAUUCCGCGUACACUGUCCGACCCCUCCAACUACAACAUCCUCGAUACUCUGUUUGGCGUUAUCGAGUACCAGCCACCUCUGCCCAUUUCCAAUCUUCACGCAUUCAUUGAACUCCUCACAACGCUACUCGCAAAGAAGCCAGAGGUUCUACUCUACAUCUGUGAGAAGCGUGAUACCAUUCUUCAAUCAUUCAUGCUCCACAUCUGCUCGUCAGAGAUCAUCGACUUGCUCCUCAAGAUGGUGGAGGUCGAGAUGCACAUGUCCGUCGGCGCAACCAGUUCGUCACCAAGCUUCUUUAAUAUAUUUUCAUCGCCAGGUUCUUCGUCGUCGUCCUCAUCGUCCUCAGCGGCAGCGGCGGCAGCAGCCACCAAAGAGAAACCAACAUGGACCAACGACUUGACACCCUAUCUCAUUCUAAAGUUGAAUGAAAUUCUGAAUCCCGAGCAGUUGACCGAUAACUUGGAGAGCGAGAUUGAGAAUAUCACAAAGCUAAUCACUGAAAUCAUCAAGAAAUACUCGAAAUCAAAGGUUGCCCAUCAUUUCUGUGGACAGUCAUUCUCGAAUGCACUUCUCCGCAAUUCAUUCAGAGUGGUACUGGAGAACGAUAUGACCUCGUUUGUGCCAUCGGUUUCAAUCCUCACUUUGGUAUCCACAAUGAUUGAGUUUAGUAAUAUUACAGUGACCCCACAAUCACAGGAAUUGGCACCCAUCGUAUCGCUACUUUUCAAGCCACUGGUUGCUUUGAGCGAUGGUCGUGAGAUGACACCGAUCGAAGCGAUCAAUGAGAUUCUCGAUAUGCCCGACUACCAAGCGCCAUUUGGAAUCGUCAGACUCAAGUGCAUCACCCUCAUCAACUCGAUCGUCAAGGUAAACGUUCCCAAGGUUGACAAAGCCAUCUGGGAGUGUGGUAUCCUCAAGAAGUGCGUCGAUAUGUUCUUUGAAUACGAGUCAAAUAAUAUCAUUCAUUGUUUGGUCGAAGCCAUUCUCACUCCACUCAUCCAGCGUAGUCUUGGCUCUGAAGACGAGGAGUUUAUGUAUCAUUUACUAAAGGAUUGUGGUUUCAUCUAUCGUGUCGUAUCGAUCUUGGCCGACAACAACAAUAUCAAUAAUAACAGCAAUGCUAAGCAACAGCCUGCAACUCCACUCCAACCACAAUCACCACUCCAACAACUCCUCCAAUCGAAUAUGCAAGCACCAAAGAUUGUUAUCCAAGACUCGUCGGAAGUUGACCAAGCAACAGCAGUCGUUCAAACUUCUUCUCGUUCCGUUAGAUUCUCUGACAACGAUACAUCAGAGUCGUCAAUCAAAUCCAACGGUACACCCGCGGAAGACAGCUCAGCCAACUCUUUGUCAUCGUCGUCGUCAUUGUCUGGAUCACAAAAGAAACCAAAGUUAAGAAGAAAGGUAUCGUUUGCAGAGGAUCCAGUCGAAGAAGAGAAACCAAAAGCAACAGCAUUGGAGUCGUUGUUUAUGAGAAAUCCAGAUCCACCUGCAGCACCAACAGAAACAACAACUACAACCACUACAGCAGUGGUAUUGGAGAGACAACAGGAUUCUCAUUCAGAUACCAAUUCGACAUCCAGUCACGAUAGUCUUUCAGAUUCAACAGGUUCCGAUAUUGCUUCCGAUGUCUCAUCGGUUGGAUCCGACACAAACGGUAGUGGAACCACUACUGGCGAUAAAGAGAAGGAAAAGAAAAAGAAGAAACACAGAGAACAUAAAGAUAAGGAAAGAGAGCAAAGAAAGAAAGAUAGAGAACACAAGAAGUCCUCAAAAGAAAAGUCAUCAUCAUCUUCAUCAUCGUCAACAUCUUCAUCUGAUUCAACAUCUUUGACACCAGAACAAGAGAAAGAAGCAAGAGCUCUCAGAAAGAAAGAAAAAGAAGAAAGAAGAAAGAGAAGAGAAGAUCGUCGUUUAAGAAAAGAAGCAAAGGAGAAUGGUGAAUCCAACGGUGCCAACACCACUGAAUCAGAUGAUAAGAAGAAGAAGAAAAAGAGUAGCAGCAGUAGCAAGCGUGAAAGAGAAAAGCAUUCAUCAUCGUCCUCGACUUCCACUAAUACAACCUCUGCCACUCAGGACGGUUCAACAACUGAGAGCAAAUUGAAUGUUGAUCAACAGUCAGUUGUUCUCUCGGUUGCAGUUAGUGGCAACGAUCCUACCAAUUCAACAUCGAGUGGCAACUCUGCCAAUCUUCCACAAUGGGCAACUUCACUCGACUCGUUUAUCACUGAGGGUAGCGGAGAGAUCAGCGGUCUCGAUGUAUCUCAAUUGUCACUGAAUGAUUUUGUCAACACUGAAGAUGGUGAUUCCAUUCUCAAUUCACUCUCAAGCUUCUCUGUGCCAUCAGAGGUCGACAAUGGAGCAACAACAACCACAACAACAACAAAUGAUGUUGACAACAAAAUAUGUAACAAUAAUAAUAAUAAUAAUAAUAAUAUAGAUAGCAGUAAUAGUAAUAUAAAUAAUGUAGAUAAUAGCUUUGUACAAACACCAGCACCAACAGCUCAACCACAGGAAGCAGCCGUCGCAGCACCAACACCAUCAUCAUCACAACCACCAAAGAAAUAUCAUAAUGUCGGACACAUUCUCUCUUUAUGUAUAGAAAUCACACACAUUGUGAACAAGAGUAAGAACCACUUUUUGCGUGAUGUCGUUGAUGAGUGCUGCGGUGACAUCGAAUGGGAUGAUGUCGUAGUGCCAAAGAUCAGAAAGGAAAUCUCCUACAGAAACACCAAGCCAAUCGGAACAGUAUCAAUGCGUAAAGGAAAGGAAACAUUCAACUUCUAA